AUGGAUAACGACAGCAGCGGGAGUACCCCGUCUGGCCCAAGCAAGCCUUCGACCGGCAGUACACCUCAGGGUCGCUCAGACUCGGCCUCCGCUCCUACCCCUCAGCCUGCGUCCUCCUCUUCCUCGUCGCGACCGAUCGCCGGACCUUCGUCUGUCUCCUCAGUGGCACAUAGCUCGCAAAACUCCAAACGACGCCGCGGUUUGGGCAUCGUCACACCGAAUGCAUGCACAGAAUGCCGCAAGAAGCGCGCCAAGUGCGACGGUAGCAAGCCCUGCGGUCGCUGCAAAGCCCAAAAAGUUGACUGCGUCUACGAGAUUCCGAUUCGUCAAUCCAAGGAAAAUCUGCGCACCGAAAUCGAGCAGCUGCGCCAUCGGCAACGAUCCAGCGACCAAGUCUUUUCCGCUCUGGUCCGCUCCAAUCUUUGGGAAGAUGUCCUGGGUCGACUGCGCAACGGCCAGACCGUCGACAGCAUAUCUGACUGGCUCGGCAGCAAUCCCGCGUCUGAAAGUCAUCCCACAAGCGCGCAAGGCUCUGCCUUUCCGCAGCACCAAGCUGGAGACUCCAGCAUGUCGACUGGCGACGAACCCCGCGGCUCGCUCAUGUCCGUUGCCGACUACGGCCAAGGACCUCAGGGUCUGGCUUCCAUGAGCCUCAGCCCAUCCCAGCAGCACACACCCUUCCACGGCGAGUUGAAGCAACCCACGCCCUGGCAAUUUUCAUCGCACGAUCCUGCUGGCGGUGGUGGAUCCACAAGAAGCAAUUCUCUGGCCGACGCGAUGAGCAUGGCCUCUGAGCUUCACGGUCCGCCGCAGACGCGCGUGGGGUACUGGGCCGAAAACAUGGAUACGGAUGCCGCCCACGAAAACCAGGUUCCGCGCUUUCGUGGCCUUGAGCAAGUGCUGUCCCCCCUCAGCGACCCUGAAAUGCGGCGCAAUUCUUCGGGCACCUGGACCAACAUCACAAGCGACGUAAACUUGGUCCACCAUUUGCUCGCCCUGUACUUUUGCUGGGAGUACCCCACAUUUGCGUCCCUCAGUAAGGAGCAUUUCCUCCGGGACUUCCAAGACGGCCGACAUCGAUACUGUUCACCUAUUCUCGUCAAUGCGUUGCUUGCUUUGGGCUGCCGAUUUUCGACUCAGCCCAAAACAAGAGAAUUUCCCCAUGAUCCAUACUCUUCCGGCGACCACUUUUUCAAGGAGGCCCUUCGGCUUCUCAAUGCUGAGUCGGACCAGCAUUCUCUUACAGUCAUUCAAGCGCUGGGCAUCAUGUCCAUCCGCGAGGCUAGCUGUGGGAGAGACUCGGAAAGCUGGUACUAUGCUGGCCAGAGUAUCCGGCUCGCUAUUGAAAUGGGCCUGCAUCUCACCCAGGAGCAUGGCGAUGUUGACGAGAUGGCUGUGCGAUCCGCCACAUUCUGGGGCGCCUUUGCCCUCGAUCACGCCUGGUCUCUCGCCACCGGCUCCCUCCCGCAAAGCUCCUGCUUUCCCCGGCUACCAACGAAGCCAGGCAUCAUUGCAGAUAUAGAAGCAUCGUUAUGGGUACCCUACACAGAUGACGGUGCACCCCUGCAACGAUCAUGCGAGCAGCCAUCCAACGUUAGGUCCGUGUACAAGUGCUUUUGCGAAUUGAGCGAGCUCGUCCACCAAUCUCUCUACAUGCUACACUCUCCCGGAAAGCCGCUGUCCUCUCGAGAGCUGCUCAACAUUUAUACCCAGUACCUGAACUGGUAUGACAGAAUACCAGAGUCGCUGCGAUUGGGGCACAACUUCACUCCAGCAGUCCUCUUUGCACACAUGUACUAUCACUUUGCUAUUUUGCUCCUCUUUCGACCCUUGAUCAAACUGCGCAUUAUUGGCUCUAAAGUAUCUCCCCGAGACGUUUGCUCCCAGGCUGCCGAUGCCAUUCAAAAUCUGCUCAAGUCGUAUUCGCAACUAUACACGUUGCGUCGGACGCCGUCAUUUGUGCCAUAUUUUGUGCUCACCUCGACCAUCAUGCACCUCGCCAUUGGCGCAACCAAGUUGUCGUCCGAUUUGGGCGACACCUCGGCUACAGACACCGAUGCUAUGGGCGAGAGCGCAAAGAUCAACCCUUACGCCUCCGACUCACUGGCUCAGGGUAUCGCGGAUCUGGCCGAGAUGGCGCCCUGCCACCACUUUGCUGAGCAAGCGCUUAACAUUCUGCGGUAUCUCGCCAAGAAGUGGAAUAUUGACGUAGAAUUUGGCGGCAACAACAAGCCCGUCCCUGAUGACUACGAGAAGCUCCUCAAGCCCUACACCAGUAGCCUUAACUUUUUUGCCCCCAAUUUUUCGACGGACGACUUCAUCUGCCGCUGGGGUACGGCCAGCAUCGUUGCGGACCCCAACAUAACCGCGCCCGGUCCAGGGACAGGCCUCCAGGCCGCCGUCGAUAAUGUUGAGAAUCCCUUGUUUUGGCCCUUUCCUAUGCAAGGGCGGCCAAUGCUGCCUACUGGUCAAGAACUGGAACAGGCUGGGUUUGCCAUGUUAUAG